CCCCUCCGCCCCCCUUCCCUCUCUCACUUCCCACGCCCCCUCUUCGCGCUCCUCUCUCCUCCCUUUGCCGCCCAGCGCCGGCUCCGGAGUUGGGGGAGAGCCCAGGGUUUCAGUCGCUUUGGAGGAGGCGUGAAUCGCGCAGGGAUUGACUAAUUGGGGGUGGGGGGCGCGGUGGGCGAUGGAGCAGCCCGAGGACAUGGCGUCGCUGAGCGAGUUCGAUUCCUUGGCGGGCAGCAUCCCGGCCACCAAGGUGGAGAUCACCGUGUCCUGCAGGAACCUUUUGGACAAAGACAUGUUUUCCAAGUCCGAUCCACUAUGUGUCAUGUAUACUCAAGGGAUGGAGAACAAGCAGUGGCGGGAGUUCGGACGCACUGAAGUCAUCGACAACACGCUCAAUCCUGACUUUGUGCGCAAGUUCAUCGUGGAUUACUUCUUUGAGGAGAAGCAGAACCUCCGUUUCGACCUAUACGACGUUGACUCGAAGAGCCCUGAUUUAUCCAAACACGAUUUCCUGGGCCAGGCCUUCUGCACCCUUGGAGAGAUCGUGGGGUCCCCUGGGAGCCGCCUGGAGAAGCCCCUCACGAUAGGAGCAUUCAGCCUGAACUCCAGGACAGGCAAGCCCAUGCCAGCUGUGUCCAACGGAAGUGGUCUUUGGAUGGAAAGUUUGAGAACCACUGGUCUGGAAGCCUCCGGUGGUGUCCCAGGGAAGAAAUGUGGCACCAUCAUCCUGUCCGCUGAGGAGCUGAGCAACUGUAGGGAUGUAGCCACAAUGCAGUUCUGCGCCAACAAGCUGGACAAGAAGGAUUUCUUUGGGAAGUCCGACCCCUUCUUGGUAUUCUACAGAAGCAAUGAGGAUGGAACGUUCACCAUCUGCCACAAGACCGAGGUCAUGAAGAACACCCUAAACCCAGUCUGGCAAACCUUUUCCAUUCCUGUGAGAGCGCUGUGCAAUGGGGACUAUGACCGGACCAUCAAGGUGGAAGUGUACGACUGGGAUCGGGAUGGCAGCCACGACUUCAUUGGCGAGUUCACCACCAGCUACCGGGAGCUGGCCCGCGGGCAGAGCCAGUUCAACAUCUAUGAGGUGGUAAACCCAAAAAAGAAAAUGAAGAAAAAGAAAUACGUGAAUUCUGGCACAGUCACGCUGCUUUCCUUUGCUGUGGAAUCAGAGUGCACAUUUCUUGACUACAUCAAAGGAGGGACCCAGAUCAACUUCACAGUGGCCAUCGAUUUCACAGCCUCCAAUGGGAACCCAUCGCAGUCCACGUCCCUGCACUACAUGAGCCCCUACCAGCUGAACGCCUAUGCGCUGGCGCUGACCGCCGUCGGGGAGAUCAUUCAACACUACGACAGUGACAAGAUGUUCCCUGCACUUGGCUUCGGGGCCAAGCUGCCUCCUGACGGGAGGGUGUCCCACGAGUUCCCGCUGAAUGGCAACCAGGAGAACCCCUCAUGCUGCGGCAUCGACGGCAUCCUGGAGGCGUACCACCACAGCCUGCGCACGGUGCAGCUCUACGGCCCCACCAACUUCGCCCCCGUGGUCACCCACGUGGCCAGGACGGCGGCCGCGGUGCAGGACGGCUCCCAGUACUCGGUGCUGCUCAUCAUCACGGACGGGGUCAUCUCCGACAUGGCACAGACCAAGGAGGCUAUCGUCAAUGCUGCCAAACUGCCCAUGUCCAUCAUCAUCAUUGGCGUGGGCCAGGCGGAGUUCGACGCCAUGGUGGAGCUGGAUGGCGACGAUGUGCGGAUCUCCUCUCGGGGGAAGCUGGCGGAGAGGGACAUCGUGCAGUUCGUGCCCUUCAGGGACUACGUGGACCGCACUGGCAACCACGUGCUGAGCAUGGCGCGCCUGGCCCGCGAUGUGCUGGCCGAGAUUCCUGACCAGCUGGUGUCCUACAUGAAGUCACAGGGCAUCCGCCCGCGCCCCCCGCCCGCGGCCCCAGAGCCCUCGCCCCCACAGUCCCCAGCCCACACGCCCCCGGCCUCCCCCCUGCACACACACAUCUGAGCGCUCUUCCCGAGGCCCCCUGACCUGUGGCAGGCGCUGGGGCCUGGGGAGGCCCGUGGCAGCAUAGGCGGGGCCCCCAGACCCCCUCACACUAUGCCAUGCCUAGCCUUUGUAACGUGUGUGCCUGGGAGGCCGGCGGGGGACGGGGCCUCUGAAGACUCCUCUCUGCUUUCCUGGCCUCAUGGCCCGUACCCAGGGAAUUGGAGGGUACAGGUGGUGGAGGUGAGGUUCCGGGCCCCUGCCUUUCUCGUUUCCCCUGGACACCUGGUUCUAGCCCAGCCAGGAAGGUGUUAACAGUCUGGAGGAUUGGGGUCCUCCCCCCAGCCCAACUGGGCAAUCUCAUCUGUUCCUAGACAGCCCUGAAGCCUGAGCUGGGCCUCUCUCCUCCAGGGCUCUAGUCUCUCCCCUCCUCCUGUGGUGUCUACUCCUACACCUGGCCCCUGACCUCCCACCCCAGUAUCUACCCCGUCCCUGUUUCCAGUGAACCCUGCGGGGCUGAUGGGCUUGCAGGGACGCCUGAACGUGUGACCCCUCCCAGGGAUACUUGCAUGCCAUGGGAGCCCUGCAGACUUGUGAAGAGGAGGCUGUGAUGGUAGGCCACAGGCCACAUGAUGGGUGAGGAAUGGAGGCUUUACGGGCACAGAGUCCUUUCUGGAAUGACGCUGGUUUUAGAUACAUAGAUCCACAAGUGUCUCCUGGGUGUGGGCCCACAGGCACCUCUAUAGUUGACUCCUGGCUCCAGGGAUCCCCUCCUUCUGCCAUGGCUGCCCAGGGCCCUCCGAGCCCCGUCCUCUGCUGCCGCCCUGGAUGCCUUGGAAGGAGCAGUCCUGCCCCAGCACUCUCACACUGCCCCUAGGGAUCGGAGCUAAGAGUCCUGGGUUCGAGCCCUGCAUCUAGCCCCUGCCUGGGGGAGCCCAGGCAAGGCCCUUCUGCCUUCUGGGACUCAGAAGUAGGGCAAGAGGAUUGACCAGAUAGUCCCAGGUUUACCUUCCGCUCUGGUGUCCCUAGGGUCCAUUCAUGCCAUGCCCAGCUUCCCGCAUCCCACUCCCCAGCAGUGUGACCCCUCACCCCAGGCCGUCUUGGCCCUUAGGGUCACCCUGUUCCAUCCUGUCACCUCAGAUCCACCCUGGUCCUUCAGCCUUGGGUUCUGGUGUCUGAGCCGGAGCCCCUGCCCCUGCUGUGGGGAAGGUGAGAAGGGUGAUGGCACCCCUGGGCCUGCAGAGCUGCCCAGCCCUUACCCCCACAGGGAGCAAGUCAUGCAUGCCAGCCCCUCCUGCAGCAUGGGGCUCUUCAGCCCACUACACAUCCCAUGCCUGGGUGGAGACCAGGCCCCCGCCCUGUCUGCUGUCCCACACCGCUUCCCUUCCUGUCAUGCAUGAUGGUGGUGUUUCUACACUGUCUGGUCCUGUACCCGUCUCUGAGACAGUCUCUGUGUGGAAUUUGCCUUAAACUGAAGUAAAUUUGGUUCUUUUAGUAAA